CGGGUAGGCGCAGCCCGAGCGGGUGCCGGAGUCCUAGCCAGCUUCGGAGUGGGGGUCGGAGUUAGACCAGGAGCCUGGGCUGAAGAGGCGGGCACGGACUCCCUGCGAGAUGGACGGGACAGAAGAUAAUGCUGGGCAACCGGGCCCCGCUGAGCGGUCCCAUCGAAGCAGCGUGUCCUCCGUGGGAGCCCGAGCAGCUGACGUGCUGGUGUACCUGGCGGAUGACACGGUGGUGCCCCUGGCCGUGGAGAACCUGCCCUCGCUUACUGCCCACGAGCUGCACCGGGCCGUCCGUGAGGUCCUGCAGCUCCCGGACAUCGCCCUGGAGGCCUUCGCACUCUGGCUUGUCUCUCCUCUGCUGGAGGUGCAGCUGAAGCCCAAGCACCAGCCCUACAAGCUGGGCCGCCAGUGGCCGGAACUGCUGCUCCGCUUCACCGACGCCCCCGACGACGACGUGGUCGCGGACGAGCCUUCGCUGCAGUUCCGAAGGAACGUGUUUUUCCCAAAGCGGCGGGAGCUCCAGAUCCACGACGAGGAGGUCCUGCGGCUGCUCUAUGAGGAGGCCAAAGGCAAUGUGCUGGCUGCACGGUACCCGUGUGACCUGGAGGACUGCGAGGCCCUGGGCGCACUGGUGUGCCGCGUGCAGCUCGGGCCUUACCAGCCUGGCCAGCCCACCGCCUGCGCCGUGAGGGAGAAGCUGGACUCCUUCCUCCCUGCCCACCUCUGUAAGCGGAGCCAUGGGCUCUUCGCUGCGCUCCGGGGCCGUGGGGCCAAGGCCGGGCCAGGCGAGCAGGGCCUGCUCAAUGCCUACUGCCAGGUGAAGGAUGCGGUCGGCAGCGAGGGCGAGCACGAGCCCUCCCUCGGCACCCACUACCGUGCCUACCUCCUCAAGAGCCACGAGCUGCCCUUUUACGGGUGUGCCUUCUUCCACGGUGAGGUUGACAAGCCGGCCCAGGGCUUUUUGCACCGGGGCGGGCGAAAGCCAGUGGUUGUGGCCAUCAGUCUGGAGGGAGUGCAUGUCAUCGACAGCAGGGAGAAGCACGUCCUGCUGGGCCUGCGUUUCCAGGAGCUGUCGUGGGACCACACCUCCCCCGAGGAGGAGGAGUCUGUCCUGUGGCUGGAGUUCGAUGGGGACAGUGAGGGCACCCCGGUCAACAGGCUGCUCAAGAUCUACUCCAAGCAGGCCGAGCUGAUGAGCGGCCUCAUCGAGUACUGCAUUGAACUGAACCAGGCCUCGGAGCUCGCCGCCCCCCAGGAGACCGUGUCCGGCCCGCCCUCGGCCGCCGGCCCCCUGCCCCCUCCCGCUCAGCGGCCGCAGCUGCGGAGACAGGACAGCGUGGUGUGCAGCCGCCUCCAGCACCUGUCCACCAUCGACUACGUGGAGGAAGGUCAGCAGAUCAAGCGGGUGAAACCGAAGCGCACCACGUCCUUCUUCAGCCGGCAGCUGUCCAUGGGCCAGGGGAGCUACACCGUGGUGCAGCCCACUGACAGCCUGGAGCAGGGCUGAGGGCAGCGGCCGGGCAGGGGGACGGCGCAGGGGAGGCCUGGCCGAGCGCUCUUCUCCCUGAGGGCCGGGACCAGGCGCCGGGCAGGAGGGCUACCUCAGGGAGGGAGGCAGUGGCUUCUUUGCGUGGGAUGGGAUGUGGGCUGCGCCGAGCUGGCCGGGGACCCCCGAGCGGUCUCCCUCGCAGCCCACCGCCCUCCCCUGGACCCAGCCCCACCGCCGUCUCGGGAGCAUCUCAGGAGGCCCUGGCCGCCUCCUCCCAGCCAGGGACUUGCCUUCGUGCCCCUCUCGAGAUGGACAGUGUCCCCUGCUCUGGAGUCCUCGGUGGCGGCUCUGAUGGCAGGCGGCCGGCAAAUAGGGCUCGGGACCUGCAGAUCCAGUGUGUGUCUUUGGUCUCUUCCCUGGACCCUGAUGACCACGUCCCCACAUUCCUUCCACCGCAUUCCCCCCUCGCUGCCCGUCUGGCCAUGGCUCUGUGGGGCAGGCGGGGGCCUCCGUGCACUGAGCCACGGGAGGACCCGAGCAGGCGAGCUCCCCCCCUCCCCACGCCCUCCCUGGCCGGAUGGAACUGGAGGGAGCCAGCAGGGCCUGGCUCUGGGGGCAUCCUGGGCCCCUCACUCAGGCCUCUUGUGCCACGACACACUCUGACCCGAAGGAAAGUGCCUUUUUGCCAGCCUUUGGUGACAACGCUGUGCCGGGAGGUGGCCGUCCUGUGGACCGACACGCCACCAGACCCACACUCCACGCCUGGAGAGCUCCCAAGCUGCUCCCUGGGCUUCAGGUUUUAGUUUUGCUCUUUCUUCAUCUGCUGUGGUUCUCCGCCGCCUGUGAACUCUAGGGCCGCUGCAGAGAAUGCGCCCGCCGACCUCGGAGCUGCUGGCGCUCCUUCAGGGCGGCGCCGGGUGUCCUUCUGCCAGACCCUUGGGGCGGCCCGUGCACCAGGAUGUCCCGUGCCAGCUGGUCUCCUCUUUGCAGGGACAUUGUAGGGAGGCUGGCUGUGGCUUUUCCCCUGCCUCCGCCUCCCACGUUCUCCCAGAGGAGCAGGCCAGCGGGGGGCCUUCCCAGCUCAGAGGCUCCUCCGUGGUGGGUCCGUGGCUCUCCAGGCGCUUCCUGGGACUUUACGCAGGGAGGAGGCAGGUCGGGCUCAGCACUGGGCUUUGCUUUGUUCUCCCCUCCCCUGGAGAGCCUGGGCAGAGGAAAUGCAAGCUUGCCUCCAGCAGUAGGGACUUGUUAAAUAAAUAGGCCUCCCCAGCCUUCUGGAAUGUCCCAGCCAGAGAGCAUCUUGCCUCCCCUCCGGGAACCACUGGACCUGAGUGGCUGCCCUGCCCGCCUGGCACGCAGCCAUCUGGCUGUCUCUUCCCACCCGCUGUUUGGAUCCAGGUGAAUGUUUAUCUGCUGGGCCAACUGGCUGUGGGAGGGGAGGGGGCGCGGGUGUGGACAUGUGACUUGUUUUUACUCUUCUGCCUCCCUGCUGUUCUCCGAGCAUCCCUUGUGCCAUGACCUUUGCUGGCUGCCCUUUGGGACAAAGCAGUAUUUCACCAAGUGCCCUUUGAACAUUCUCAUUCUUUUGUAUCAUGUGACUUAUUAAUAAUAAAAUGAAUUUCCAGCAAA